ACAGCAGGGGCAGGACUAGAAAGCUUAGAAAGCUAAUGACGGUAAAAUCGCUCUAUCCAGAGCGGAGGGGGGUUCAGAAAGGAGUGAAGUCUACAGCCAUGCCACCCUGAACCCACCCAAUCUCAUCAGAAAGGCGUGAGAUCUCACAGAGCAGCAAAGCCAGCCUGGUCGCCCCCGGCCACUCCUCUCCCUCCCACCGAAACCAGGGCCAGGGCCAUCUGUGGACAGCUGGAGCAGAUGGCCACCCCAAGCCAACCCAACAAUCUCUCUGGGCAUUUAACCUCCAUUGUUGAUUUCUACCCAGAGGACCCAAGGAAUGUAAAUCAGCCCCUGGAAACUAGGCUGCCCUGAGAUGCGGUUGCUGGUUUAAAACAAACACAAGGCUUCCUAUAUAAGGACCAGCCAGCCACCAGGUGUCACCUCCGCCAGGAAUCCCAGGCCCAUCUGUCCCAACCCAGCUGAGGCCAUGCCUUCCCCAGGGACCAUCUGCAGCCUGCUGCUCCUCAGUGUGCUCUGGGUGGACUUGGCCAUGGCAGGCUCCAGCUUCCUGAGCCCCGAACACCAGAAAGCUCAGCAGAGAAAGGAGUCCAAGAAGCCACCAGCCAAACUGCAGCCCCGAGAGCGAGAGCUCGAAGGCUGGCUCCGGCCAGAAGAUGGAAAUCGGGAGGAAGGGGCAGAGGAUGAGCUGGAAAUACGGUUCAACGCCCCCUUUGAUGUUGGAAUCAAGCUGUCAGGGGCUCAGUCCCACUGGCAUGGCCAGGCCCUGGGGAAGUUUCUUCAGGACAUGUUUUGGGAAGAAGCCAAUGGUAAGUCCCUGCCCGGGUCAGGUCAAUUCAGAGUUUUCUCAGAGUCCCAAAUGUGAGCCCACAUUAUGGGUGACACAAGAAAAGUUCUCUUCCCUGACCCCUGCCUCUCAAAGAGCUUCUAAUUCCUCGUUCCCAAAUGGCAGGAGUGGGCGGGGCUGGUAUUUGAGUGGCUCGGAGGGUGUUGAGCCCAGUUUUUGUAUUCAAAGAGGG